GAAUCUGGAGAAACGAGUGUUGUGAAAUACGCGAGGCAAAAGAACUAAUUUAUCUUGAAUUGUACGGUGAAAAUCGAAAGGAAGAAUGAUGACGUUAAGAAGAAGUCGGUUCUUACUUUGCGCCGCUUUGAUUGUCGCAGCUUCGGGACAGAAAAAUGGUAAAAAGGAUGAAGAGAAGAAAGAUGAAGAAUUUAAAUGUCCUGAAGGCCAAGGUAACGGUAAUUUUGCAGAUCCAGCAACAUGUAGAAGAUUUUAUCAGUGCGUCGACGGUUAUCCAUACCUAAACAGGUGUCCAUCAGGAUUACACUUUGAUGACAUUAGUAAAUUCUGUACAUUUAAAAACGAAGCUCGAUGCGGUCCAAUCGCUACAACUCCAGCACCAGUGACCGAACCACCAACUGACUUAGCAGAAAAAUGUGACACAUCAGAAUGUCAAUUACCAUACUGUUUCUGCUCUAGAGAUGGUACAAUAAUUCCUGGUGGUCUUCAUCCAGAAGAUACACCACAAAUGAUAUUAAUGACAUUUGACGGGGCAAUAAAUCACAAUAAUUUUGAUCAUUAUCAAAAAAUAUUUAACACCGAUCGAUUAAAUCCAAACAACUGUCCGUUGAAAGGUACUUUCUUCAUUUCUCAUGAGUACUGUAACUAUAAUAUGGUUCAAAGUAUAGCACACGACGGACACGAAAUAGCAACUGAAACGAUAUCAUUGCAAAAGGGAUUAGAGGAUAAAGGGUACGAAGAAUGGGUUGGCGAGAUGAUAGGAAUGCGAGAGAUACUUAAAUCUUUUAGCAAUAUUUCAAUAAGCGAAAUUGUGGGCAUGAGAGCACCGUACUUAAAACCUGGAAGAAAUACUCAAUAUAAAGUAUUGGAAGAUUUUGGAUACAUAUACGAUAGCAGUAUUGGAAUUUCUCCAUUGAAAGUGCCAAUUUGGCCGUAUACGCUUGAUUACAAAAUUCCACAUGAAUGUAAAGCAGGCACAUGCCCUACUAAAUCUUUUCCAGGUGUGUGGGAACUACCUUUAAAUGCACAUUAUGUUGAAAGCUACGAAGGAGGGCAUUGUCCUUACUUAGAUCAAUGUGUACUUCACAAUCAUGAUCCUGAAGAAGUUUUCGAAUGGUUACAAGAAGAUUUUAAUCGUUAUUACGAACAGAAUAGGGCUCCAUACAUGAUGCCUUUCCACACUAACUGGUUUCAAAUAAAGGAACUCGAACGAGGUUUAUCAAAGUUCCUUGAUUGGGCGGUUACAUUACCUGAUGUGUACUUUGUAACAGCUACACAAGCACUUACGUGGAUAACCGAUCCAAAACCAACAAAAUCUCUGAACAAUUUUGAAGGAUGGUCAUGUAAAAGGAAAGAAAAUAUUCCUGGACCACCAUGCAAUAAUGCAAAUAAGUGUGCUUUAGAUUUCAAACCUCCAGAAUCUAAUUUUACCACUACAAGAUAUCUAGAGACAUGCAGGGAAUGUCCCAAUAAAUAUCCCUGGUUAGGAGAUUCAAAGGGAACUGGAUUAUACAAUGAUAAUUAUAAUCCUGAAAGGAAAUAGAACUUUUAUAAAUUAGACAGAUUAUUAGACAGAGUUUAACCAAUUCUCGUUUGUUGUUGUUUAAAUGAAUGAUACAUAUAAGAAUAAAUUUAAAAAUCUUACAUUUGA